CGUAGUAACACACCGGCGCGUCUCCUCUCGCGGCUUCGUGGUUGUCUCGGAAUUAGUGAGUAGACAGAAUUAUGUCUGUGAGCUGGCCAGCACGGCUCAGUUGAGACUUACUGCUCAGAGCGUGCACACGCAUACUACGAAUCCUUCCUACUUACGCACCUCGCGCCUUCCUCGUGCGAUUAGAACUUAGUCCGCGACUGCCGGCAGGCCAAUCACGGUCCAUUUUGCUAACGCGCCUCCAUACGAAACGGUGUCAUCUUCUUCUUCUUCUUCAUGUGUUGAACGUGCUUGCGGAGUUCCCUCGUUUGAAGAAGCGUCGAGCAGCUAAGUGACAGAAUAGCACGGUGGAGCACUAGAAGCCACCCGCAACGGUGACGUCUUCAAAUCCUCAAGAAGUUUCGACGAAGCUUCGAAGAACCAGAAGAUAUGUGAGAUACUUCCUUAAUUAUCCUUUUUGUUGUCUUCCUCCGAGGAAGAUCUUGAUUCUGCGAGGUGAGCGAGAUACCAAUCAAACAUAGAGACUGAUAUAACGCGAUUAUUCGUCAAUGGACUUUGGGGAUUUAAUAGCGAGAAGUUCGAAAAAUUCUUCUUAGACGCAAAUUUCUCAAAGACGCAAAGUCGGUUACUUUCUCCUGGUAAUUUGAAGAUUAUUUGUAGACUGCAGCUGUCAAGCAUAACUUACGAAAUUUUCGAGGCUUGACACUUUUUUCAGUGAAUCAUCCACCCAGGUUUAAAAUUAUUCUUGGAGAACGCGCUUCAAGCUAUUUUAUUUCUCACAAGACUAUUCAAUUUUUGGAACACAGUGCUUUAAUCGUUGCGUCUACGGUUGAACAUUAUUUGAGUGCAUUAAACUUUACGGUGAAUUUUUCAUCACUUACGACAAAAUGAGUAAAUCCUUCGUACUUUUCUUAUUGAUAGCCAUCACGGCCAACGCGUGGUCUCAUCGUCAUCAUCAUCAUCAUCAUCACCAUGAAUAUUAUCCAGAACACAGAAAAGAAAAUAGUCAUAUAAAUUUUGUCGAACAAAAAUCCAAUUUUGAAAAUGAAGAAACCGCAGAUACUGCACAAUCGGAAUCACUGAAAAACAAUGAAAAAUACUCAGAGGUCUUAGAUAGCAAAGGAAUUCCCUUCAGUCCGCGAAGAUUAGAGAAAAUGUUGGAGAAGGCACUCCUGAAGAUAAUCACAGGUGAUCUCGGCGCAGCAGAAAUGCUGCUGUUGAAGAGCUUGAAUUACACGCCGGAAGAAGUGCUGGCGAUUCGCGAGCGGGAACUCGAUAAGCGAAGGGAUGAAGAAUUGAGAAAAAUAGAAGAAUCCAAUGGAAAAAAGUAUUACGAUGAGAAUCUAUACAGAGACAAGGCAAAGCAUUGGAAUUAUAAUUCUAUGGAGCUUGAGCCGUCUUCUCGUAACGAUCCCGAUGUGGAUGUAUCGAGGAAUGAAAACAAGAGAAACCGAUAUAAGGGAAAAACUUCUUACGACAAAGACUUCGACUUUGAUGCUUAUAAUCGUCAGGCGGUAAUCGAUUACGAAAACUUGGCUUCCAAACUCGAGUUGCAACAGCAAUCGUGGUCGGAACCUGCAAGUUUUGAUUAUGAAGACGAGUCGAGGAGCUCCGAGGAGCAGAACCCGUCGCAAAACAUUCAUCAGAACUUCGACCGAGUCAUGGAGCCCCACGUGAUUUUCAAGAUCCCCUACGACGAUUCCGAGUUCGAUUCCAACUCCGGAUCCGAUGAAAAAUCGAAAUUUAUAGACGAAGACGCCCUGGUUUUGUCGAAGGGUAUGAAACAUCGCAUUCCUUUGACCUUGAGACACACGACUGCAAGGAAUGUUGCAAACUCCUUUCAUGCUUCGUCAUUGUCUACUUCUUCUUCUUCGUCUGCCUCUUCUGCGGCUACUGGGCACACUCCACUUCCCAUAGUAUACCAGCUGCGGAAUUUUAAAGGCGUCAGGCCAGAUUACCCGAAGAAUCAACCUUCCUUCAGCACAACAGAGUUUCCGGAGUCUAUUAUCACGAGCACUAUUAUUACGAAUGUUACGUCUAAUGCGACUUCGAGCGUGACAGAUGACUCCGUCAGUUCAGCGAACGAUAAAUUGUCUGUCGAAGACACGGACAAUAUGACCAGCAGAAAAAUCAGCGAGUACGAGGGGCUAGAAUGGGUUGGAGACGAUGUUUAUAGGGUGAUACCGGCUUUCGCGGACUCGUUGGGUUACGACAACACCGAUGAGAACGGGACCUCCGACUAUGAGGAACAAAAUCUAGGUUCUUCCCAAGAGGGAAAUGAAACUGAUACUCUGGAGUAUCAGAAUGAUACUCUGGAUCCGGUAAAGCUUUUCAUAGCCAAUGCCAAUAUCUCCAUUGAGAACGUAUCGCAGACCAAUUUGACUGCCAAUCAACAACUAUCGCGUACAAAUCGGGAAGAAAAUGUAACUUCAAGCAGUCAGAGCCAGAAGAAGGCGAUCGAAGAUAUUAAAUCGAGAAUUCUUGCGAUAACUGGGAGAUUCAACCUUAGCACCAAUACCAAUCAGGUUCAACGCGAGAGACUUGCUAUGUUUUCGCCUGUUUGUCACAUACCUCGAAACACGGAUUCUGAGGCAUGGAUGGAUCCGUUUUUAAUGAACAUGCACUUUCAAUUAAAUCUUACUUCCGACGAUUACGUUGUCGCUGCGAGAUUGCGACUUCAUGUAUUUCCGCAAAAAAACGUCACGACUUCCGACUAUCGGCUUUCGAACCCCUUCGACGAGGAAGAAGAUGACGAGAAGAAAAUCAGGGUGUCCGUUUAUUACUAUACAAAAUCGUUGAAGAAGCAUCGAUCAAAAAAACGACUGAUGGACUCUGUCGUGACGCCUCUGAAUGCCGAAGGCGCUCAUCUGGCGCUGGAUGUCAGGCAAGGCCUGAGAUUCUGGCGACCGAGUCCGCGAAAUCCACAUGGCAACGGUAACAAUCACGGUUUGGUGGUUCAGAUAGAGGACCAGGACGGCCGGCCACUAAAACCGGCUCUGUACAUCCAACAAUCGUCUUGCGUGGACCACGAUUUCGAUGAGAAGACCAACGCAUACCUACACUUUUCGUCCGAGCCUGCCAUCGUUAUGUUCGCAUCGUAAAUGACAAAAAAGACACGUACGUAAACUGUAGGCAUUGAUGACAAAUUUUACUUGACCAGAAAGCGAAAAGAUUUAUUUUAAAAUAAAAAAGAUCGACUUAAACUA